AUGGCUCACAAACUGACCAUCCUUUGCUGCGCUCUCCUGGGUGUGGCCGCCGCUAGCUACAUUCCCCAUGGUGGCUAUGAACAUGGACACGGACACGGACACGGAAUCGGUUACAGCAUUCAGACGCACCAUGAGGCGCCCAAGAAGUGGCAGGACCAUCACCAGGAGCACCACCUCUGGGCAGAGGCUCCCAAGGCCCACCAGUGGGCACCAAGUCACCACACUCAACACACCCAGCACCAUUGGGCGCCAGUUGCUGCGCACGACAACCACCAUGAGCAUCAUCAUGAGGAGCCCAAGCACCACCCCAAGUACGAGUUCGACUAUGGCGUGAAGGACACCAAAACCGGUGACAUCAAGCAGCAGUGGGAGACCAGAGACGGCGACAAGGUCAAGGGUGGCUACACCAUGAAGGAGGCCGACGGUCGCACCAGGAUCGUUGAGUACACCGCUGACGCCCACAAUGGAUUCCAGGCCACCGUCAAGCAUGUCGGACAUGCUGAGCACUUCGAGCACAAGCAGCACGGUCAUGGCCAUGGAUACGAUCACGGACAUGGACACGCCACCAGCUACGUGGAUGUGAAGCAGGACACCAGCAGCAAGUGGCAGGAUGCGAGCAGCAAGUGGUGGUAAAGGAUAUCACUCAGGCGACUGUACUACUACCUGAGAGCAUAGCGGAUAUCAGUGAUGUAAAGCCAAUGAUAAUCCAAUGUUU